AUGCUUGACUUUCUAUCCUUAGUUUUCGUGGUGGCGGUGAAGGUUUUCAAGAAAACCACACCCAAUGGAAAGGUUACUGUUUACCUGGGCAAGCGGGACUUCAUUGAUCACGUUGACUACUGCGAUCCUGUCGAUGGGGUCGUAGUGGUUGACACCGAGUACCUGAAAGGACGAAAAGUUUACAGCCAGCUGGUCACGACCUACCGAUUCGGUCGCGAGGAAGAUGAGGUCAUGGGAGUCAAAUUCUCAAAGGAACUGGUCAUCGGCCAGGACCAAGUGGUACCAAUGGUCAACUCGAAAAUGGAACUGACACCUGUCCAAGAAAAGCUCCUGAAGAAGCUCGGACCAAAUGCCUUCCCAUUCACUUUCACUUUCCCUGAAAUGUCUCCCAGCUCGGUCACUCUGCAACCAUCUGAUGAGGACCAGGGCAAACCCAUGGGUGUGGACUACUGCGUACGAACCUACGUAGCUGACAACGAGGAUGACAAGGGCCACAAGAGGAGCUCCGUUACCCUUGCUAUCAAGAAGCUGCAACACGCCCCAGCAUCCCGCGGACGACGCCUUCCGAGCUCCCUUGUCAGCAAGGGCUUCACUUUCAGCAACGGCAAGAUCAGUCUGGAAGUGACCCUGGACAAAGAAAUCUACUACCAUGGAGAGAAGGUUGCCGCCAACAUCAUCGUUUCCAACAACUCCAGGAAAUCCGUCCGCAACAUCCGCUGCAUGGUCGUACAGCAUGUUGAGAUCACUAUGAUCAACUCUCAAUUCAGCCGCCACGUUGCAUCUCUGGAAAGCCGCGAGGGCUGCCCUGUAACACCCGGAGCUAGCCUGUCCAAGACUUUCUACCUGGUGCCCCUGGCUCGCAGCAACAAGGAUAUUCGAGGCGUCGCUCUGGACGGACAUCUUAAGGAGGACGACGUCAACCUCGCAAGCUCUACCCUGGUGUCUGAGGGCAAGUGCCCAGCUGACGCUAUUGGUAUCGUUGUAUCUUACUCCGUACGAGUGAAGCUGAACUGCGGAACUCUGGGAGGCGAGCUUGUGACUGAUGUGCCAUUCAAACUGCUGCAUCCUGCCGAGGGAAGCGUAGAACGCCAACGUUUCAACGCUAUGAAGAAGAUGCAAUCCAUCGAGCGUCACCGCUACGAAAAUUCUCUGUAUGCCAACGAGGAGGAAGACAACAUCGUUUUUGAGGACUUCGCCCGCCUUAGGAUGAACGAACCAGAAUAA